UGAGGACUGUCUCAUUGAAUUUCACGGCGAACUAGUGACAGGCCAAGAGGAGAAUUUGUUUCCGUCACGUAACUGUGGGCCCGUUGCAACCCCCAUUUCACUUGGUGGAAAGGACCUACUGUUUGAAUCUCUUUUAAAACAAGAGUGUCCACAGAAUCCUUCAGGUUGCUUUGUGAGCUCGAGCAUCGCCGCUUCACAGGUGUCACAUGCACAGGUCAACCAGCAAGGGAGUGUAGACUAAGGGAGGUCGGUCUAACAACAAGGAGAAUUAUUGGCUGCAGGUGGUGUCAUACACUGUGGUAAUAGAUAUAUAAAGACCGGUAGCUGCCGUGAGGACAGUCGGGGACUGAAGUUCACGUACGUUGACAGCUGCGACAGUCGAACACAGACCUGUGGCGUCCAGGUGAACAGUAUCUGAGGGCGGAAAGUACUAGAACAGCGAGGGAAAAAGAGAAAAGACUACAGAGGACAAUCGUUUACUCGCAUCUUGAAUUCCCGAUAAAGAAGAGAGCCGUCGCCUUUACAAGAUGGCCUUGCCAGCAGUCUCCUUGGUGUUGCUGCUGUCGCUGGCAAGCUUUGUGGUUGCUCAGGAAACCCCCAACGAGAACACGAAAAGCGGAAACGUCACCUACUGGGUGACAUUACCAUCGCGCAUGCGCCGUGGCUCGUCAGUCCCAGUCAGCGCGCAGCUAUUGGCUGCAGGCGCUACGUCAACGGUGUACGUGACAUUGCGCAAUUCAACGGACGGGCAGGUCUUUUCAUCAGCGGAACCCCGGGUGGUGACAGGAGGAAGUCCCCCAACUGUCAUCAAUUUAAUGAUCCCCAGAGAUCUCAAGAUCCCAGAUGAAAACGAUUUCUAUUACUGGAGCUACUCACGGCAGUUCGAGAUCCGCGUGGUGGCGACAGGUGACGUGGCUUUCAACCGGUCUGGGGACAUGACACUGGAGGACAAGAGCUUUUCCAUCUUCGUGCAGACGGACAAAGCCAUGUACAAGCCUGGAGACACAAUUCGUUGGAGAAUACUGGCAAUGAAGCCUGACCUCACUGUGCUGAACGAACUUGUGGAUGUAUUUAUCAAGGAUCCACUCAACAAUGUCAUACGCCAGUGGAAGGGUGUGUCGGGAGGCGACUCUGGAGUAGUGGAACUUAGCAUGCCGACCUCUGACCGCCUUGUUUUGGGCGACUGGACAAUCGAGGCCAAAGUGCUGGGAGUGAAGCAGACAAAGACCUUUACAGUCGCAGAGUAUGUGCUACCUAAGUAUGAGGCAAAAGUGGACGUUCCUGCAAAUGUUCUCUCCACUGACCCUGUCAAAGGAACAGCCAGCGCCAAAUACACUUUCGGCAAACCACUGGUAGGAGCAAAGGUAGAGGUGACAGCGAAGUUUAAGUACUACUGGUCUGAAACACCACAACCAAACAUCUCACUCAGUGGAAUUCUGGAUUCCAAAGGCGAGUUUCCUUUCAUAUUCUCCAAUGAAGAGCUGAUCAAUCUUUUGAACGAGACAUACCCGUACAGGGCAACCUGGUCAACUUCUGUCUCUCGACUACGACAACGUGCAGAUCAUCGUCAACACCACGGAUCCCGCCACAGGUCGGCAGAUGGGAGCGGACGCUGAUGUUCAAUUCUCAAAGUUCCUGGCUAAAGUAGAAUUUCUACCUGUCUCUGCUAGCAACUUCAAGCCGGGGCUUCUGUACACCGCUUAUCUACAAGUAACCCGAUACGAUGGAACUAACUUCGCGAACCCAGAGUCGAUAACCGUCGACUUCCAGGUGACAGUCACGCGACCCAACAACACUGCCACCACCACCGCCAGCCCUACCACGACAACGACCACUCAGUCGAC